AUUUGUGGUGAUCACAUGGUAUGAUAAGAAUGUCAGGACAGGAAUGUCAGGAAAGGUUAUUUCUGGACCUUAUUUCGGUAACACUCUUACAUGGCGAAUAACAGGAAUCAACACACAUUAGCAGUCCUUGUCGCCUUCGCCGUCCUGUGUUACUGGACAGAGGGGUGUGAUGACGUCAGCAGGCAGGCGUGUCACGAUCUGAUGUCAUCCAACAGUGACCUGUGUAACGAUGUGUGUCUGUCAAGUGUUUGUGCACGGACUUGUGGAAAGUGCACAUUGAAGUGCUAUUCCUGCCAUGAAGUCAAUAGACCUGAGGAUUGCAACACAACCUUAGAAUGUCCAUCCAGUGAUUACCAAUGCAUCUCUGUGAAAUCGUUCACUGGGCAGUUUCAGGAAGUAUACAAACUCGGAUGUGCACCUGGCAAUGUUUGUGACAAUGCGGACCUUGAAACGUCCUGUUGUACAGAUGACCUUUGUAACAACCACAAACCCUUGCCGCCAACAACUACAACAACUACUACUACUACUACUGUUACUGCAAAAAUAACAACACCAACAAGUAAAACGAGUGAUACAACCACAGGAGGUUCAGGAGUUCUAUUAAUUGGCCGACGUGAGAACAGUGACCCCUUUUGUUCGGAGUCCGCCCCUGCAGUUUGUCAGGAAUUGCUUAGAUCAGAUACCAACGUCUGUUCCAAGGAGUGCAUUAAGUCCAUGUGUCCAGUGUCCUGUGGAAAAUGCAAACUCUGCUACAAUUGUCCAUAUGUAGCCGAAUCCGAUUUAUGUAACGCAACAUCGUUGUGUUCGCAUGAUGAGUUAUGUUAUGGACUUGAAACUGUCAACUCUUACCAGGAGCAUGGGUUUAGACUCGGAUGCGCUCCACAACCGGUUUGCGACUCCAUUGCAACAAUAUCUACAAACACAUUUGGAAAUAGGGCCAUAAGAAUUCUAGUCGGUGGUUGUUGUCAUGACAACCUGUGUAACACUCACAUUAAGAAAAUAUCAACAACAACAACUAGCACAACAACGACAACAACAACAACAACACCUACGACAACUCACAAUUAUUGUCAUUGUCCUUCUGACGGUCACACGUACCAUGGACAUUGCUUCUUCGUCUCUAUAGAUAGUUACACUCAUAAUGAUGCAAAGACAUUUUGCCAAUCCCGUUGUGCAAGUUUGGCUCAAUUUAGUUCCGAAAGUGAACUAGAAAAGAUAGUAAACGAAAUUCGGGGUUCAUCUUUGCAUCAAUCCGGACGCCGUUUUAUUUUGGACACCAUAUCAUCAAACCAGUAUUUAUCCCGCACUGCUCUACAUAUUGAUGCCGUUUAUGACACACGUCGACACUGGGUUUGGGAAUCCACAAUGUCCAGAAUUUCGCAUGAUAUAACCCGAAACGCAACCAACCCAAAUCAUUAUUCGUGCGGGGCUGUACGCAGUUGGCUAUGGCGUCCUCAUCUGGUUGGAGUGACGUGUUCAACGCUUCAUAACGCUCUGUGUUUGCUGCACUGAUUUUUAAUUUUACACACACUGACAUUUCGGUUUUAAGAUUAAGAUAUUGUCCUUUUUUAAAUAAAAGUUUGAGAAAGAA